AUGACGGCAGGGGGGGAGAGGAAGGGGGGGAGGGGGACGGGGAGGGGGAGGGUGACGGUGGUGGCGAAGUCGACGGCGGUGGGGGUGAAGCCGGUGCGGGCGGGGAAGACGCACCCGCUGUCGGCGCCGGACCACGCGAUGGGGCGGCACACGCUGCACCUGGUCUACUACUACCGCCCCAGCCCCGCCCUGGACCGGGACCGCCUCCUGGAGUCGCUCUCCGAGGUGCUCUCCUACUACCCGGCCAUGACCGGCAGGCUGACGUGGCAGCACCACGACCCGCAGGACGAAACGGCCGGCGCCGGCUCCGGGGCCUGGGUGGUGAAGUGCAACGAUGCGGGCGUCCGCAUGGUGGACGCGCGUGCGGACGCCACGCUGGAGGAGUGGCUGAGGACCGCGAGCGACGAGGAGGAGAUGGAGCUGGCCUACUGGGAGCCCAUGGGACCCGAGCCCUACGUUUGGUCCCCCUACUACAUCCAGAUAACGGAGUUCAAGGAAAAGGGGUACGGGGUGGGCGUGAGCUGCACCCACAUGCACGGCGACCCCACCUGCGUGGCCGUCUUCCUGAAGGCCUGGUCCGACGCCCACCGGCGCGCCGUCCUCGCCCACCAUCCUUUCUUCCAACCAACCGCCUUCCUCUCCCCUUUCGCCGCGCUCGCCUCCCUCUUCUGGCUCCGCAUCGCCUCCGCCUCCUCCUCCUCCUCCCCUGCGGCGGCGGCGGCGGCGGUGGAGGGGGAGGCGGCGCUGACCCUGGGCGUUGACUUCCGGAAGCGCAUGUCGGCGCCCCUCCCCAUGGGGUACUACGGCAACGCGGUGUUCUUCUCCCGCGCCCGCGCCGACCUGUCCCGCGGCUGGGCCCACGCGGCCGCCGAGCUGGACCGCCACGUGGCGGAGCUCGACGAGGGCCGCGACGUGUGGGCCCACGCCCAGUGGCUCCGCGCGCGCCCCCGCGACGCGCCCUUCCAGAUGUACGGGCCCGAGCUCACGUGCGUCGCGCUCGACCACGUGCCCGCCUACGCCGCCGAGUUCGAGGCCGGGGUGGGCCCCGCCCACGCCGCGUUCCGGAUCGGCGGGGCCGAGGGCGAGGGCCUGAUCGUCGUCGCGCCCUCUCCCCCCGAGGCGGGCGACGCCGCGCGGACGGUCACGCUCACGCUCCCCAGCGAACUCACGGCUCAGAUCUGCCGCGACGACCACAUACUGCGAUACGGCCCCGCCAUCAUGUUCGCGCCCCCCAAAAUUUAAAACGACUUAGUAUGCAUGCGCGCUCUCUCCAUCGUGAUCUUCCCCACUUUAAAAAAUAUAUAUGGGCCGGGUCGGGUCUUCUUGUUUCGGAGUCUUUCAUUGAUUUUUAGAGGAAACAUUUGUUAAAUUCUGCACCAUUCCGAACAUUUCAUAUUUUAUAUAUAUAUAUAUAUAUAUAUAUAUAUAUAUAUAUAUAUAUAUAUAUAUAUAUAUAUAUGUUGGGUCAUCAGGGCUGUGAUUUUUCAGAUAUAUUUCAUUUGGAGUUCAUCAUCAGUUUCGCAUGUAUUGUUCCAAACUACAUAUA